AAAUGCAAGGAGAAAAUUUCACUGCUUGGAGCCUUUUGUUCCUGGAGGGAUUUUCCCGGUACCCAAGGUUAGAGAUCAUUCUGUUUGUCUUCAGCCUUAUAAUGUAUUUGGUUACCAUCCUGGGUAACAGUACUCUGAUUUUAAUCACUGUCCUGGAUUCACACCUUCAAACCCCCAUGUACCUAUUUCUUGGGAACCUCUCUUUCAUGGAUAUCUGUUACACAUCGGCUUCCAUUCCUACUUUGCUUGUGAACUUGCUGUCAUCCAAGAAAACCAUUAUCUUUUCUGGGUGUGUGGUCCAGAUGUACCUCUCCCUUUCCAUGGGAUCCACAGAGUGCAUACUUCUGGCUGUGAUGGCCUAUGACCGUUACGUGGCCAUCUGCAACCCACUGAGGUACCCCAUCAUCAUGAACAGGCAAGUCUGUGUGCAGAUGGCCACCAUUUCCUGGGUGACAGGCUGUCUGACUGCCCUGCUGGAAACUAGCUUUGCUCUGCAGAUUCCCCUCUGCGGGAACGUCAUUGAUCACUUCACGUGUGAAAUCCUUGCGGUACUAAAAUUAGCUUGUAUGAGUUCCCUGCUCAUGGAUCUGGUGAUGCUGGUGGUCAGUAUUCUCCUCCUGCCCGUUCCAAUGCUCUUAAUUUGUAUUUCCUAUGGCUUCAUCCUUUCAACAAUCCUGAGAAUCAGUUCGACAGAGGGAAGAAACAAAGCUUUCUCGACUUGUGGUGCGCACUUGACUGUUGUGAUCCUAUACUAUGGAGCUGCUCUCUCCAUGUACCUGAAGCCUACGUCGUCAAACUCACAAGAAAUAGACAAAAUCGUCUCGUUGCUCUAUGGAGUGCUUACCCCUAUGUUGAAUCCAAUAAUUUACAGCUUAAGGAACAAAGAAGUAAAAGAUUCUGUGAAAAAACUGCUGGGCAAAGUACCAUUGGCACCAAGCGUGUGA